UAUAAUUCGAACCCUGUAAACUUUUGCGCGCGUGCGCAUAAUGAGACGACGAGACUGGCAGCGUGAAUACGGCGGGCAUGCGGAUGGGGUCAGUAAUAAGGGGGGCUGAAUGGCUCCAUGGUUUACUCCUAAGCAUAGUAUAGUCACACCCACUCGAUGAGGAGCUGUUCGGGUGGUUUCGGUUAGAAUUUGGGAAACCGCUGCACGCCAAAGAGAGCAGGCGCACCGAAUUCCCAAGAACCAAAGCCAGAGAUAGGAUCACUAAUUAGGAAUUUCCCUACUGAAAAGAGAACAACGAACCGUUUUCCCGUUUAUUUUCCAAAAUGGACGCACAUAAAGUUUGGCAGAGUUUUUCUGUCACUUUUUGAGGCACAUUUUCUCUCUGGAAAAUCAGCAUUUUGCAAAACAAUAGCGGAAAAUUUGGGAAUACCACAGUGGGAGAAGUUUCCAGCAAUGCAGCAGUUACAUCCACUAACGCUCGGAGCGCGUAAUAAAAGCAGAAGUUCUCCUCAGGAACUAGUGCUGGACGGAGGGAAUAACAGUUUGGUUUUAUAACUUCUCUUCGCCCUCUCCUCCUCUUUUCUUUCCUCAGCCUCUAGAGUCUGAAAGAAAGUGGAUAAACGACUUAUGCGGAUAAAAUUACUUCCAAACGCUUGAAGUCGAAGGUUUUGGGACCCCGGAGAUACAGAAUACCCCAUCUGAACUUCGAGAGAUUGUAAAAGAAAGGAAUGCUGAGCAGAAGAGGCGCAUGGAGAGAUGCUGUUUCUUCUACCAUGGAUCUAAAGUGCACUUUAGCGGCUGUAGUGCUUUUGCUUAUAUGCUUGUGUCCAGCUUUCAGUCAAGAACUCAAUCCAAAGGGCAGAAACGUGUGCAGAGUUUCAGGGUCAGCAGGGUUUACAUGUUGCAGUGGAUGGGCACAGCAAGGCGAUGAGUGUUUAACACCUCUCUGUGAAGGUAACUUCACGUGUAAUGAAAACGAGGUUUGUGUCCGACCAAACGAAUGUCGCUGCCGUCAUGGAUAUUUUGGUGCAAGUUGUGACACAAAGUGUCCUCCUCAGUUCUGGGGUCCAGACUGUAAAGGCAUGUGCACAUGUCACCCUAACGGUAAAUGUGACGAUGUGACCGGGAAGUGCACAUGCUACCCAAAUCGCUGGGGCGAGAACUGCGAGCAUCCCUGCACCUGCCAGAGAGGAAAGUGUGACCAGGAAACGGGCAAAUGCACCUGCCAUGUGGGUUUCUGGGGGCCGCAGUGCAACAACAACUGCUACUGCAGCAUCAACUCAGUGUGUGACCAGAACACAGGCCGCUGCAUCUGUAAUCCCGGCUGGUUCGGGAGAAACUGCGGCGCUCAGUGUACGUGCAAUAACUCACCCUGUGAGCAGUUCACAGGCCGCUGCCAGUGCCGAGAGAAGCUCUGGGGUCAGCGCUGCGAACGGCAGUGCCAGUGUGGGCAUGGGAAGUGUAACCAGGCAGAUGGAUCAUGCACUUGUAAACCCGGAUACAGGGGGAAGCUGUGCCGUGAACCAUGUCCAGCUGGACUGUAUGGACAGAACUGCAGGAACAAAUGUGGUCACUGUAAAGGUCAGCAGCCCUGUAAGGUGACAGAGGGUCACUGUGAGACUUGUGACUGCGAGGUUCGCUGUCCUAACGGCACAUACGGAGAAAACUGUGAGAAAGACUGCAGUCACUGCUUUAACGGAGACUGUCAUUUCGCCACAGGAGAGUGUCUGUGCGACCCAGGAUUCUACGGGACAUACUGCAACCUGACCUGCGAGUUGGGCCAUUUCGGAGUCAACUGUGCCCAGGACUGCCCAUGUCACGACAAAAACUGCAACCCAGUAUCCGGAGCCUGCAACUUAUAUCCUAAUCAGCGGAUGGGAGUAAUAGCUGCAGGAACGCUGGUCACAUUCCUGCUGGUGGUUCUUCUGUCUCUGCUGUGCUGCUGCUUCCUCUGUAGCAACAAACACAACCGCAACCCAGACCAGGAAAACUCCACCAACAGCAAGAAGGCCAAAAUAAUCCUCUGUGGUGGAUUCAGUCGAAUCAGCACCAAACUUCCCAGAAUCCCACUGAGGAGACAGAAACUACCCAAAGUCGUCGUCACCCACCACGAUCCUGAAAACACCUUCAACAGUAUCAUCGAGCCUCCAUCUGUGGUGGACCAGCCUUCUCCGUCAUGGUCAUCCCAGGAAUCUUUCUCUUCCUUCGAGAACAGCGAAGACGGGCCGGUUUACUGCGUACCCCAUGAAGAGACUACAAACGAAAGUUGUGAAAAGCGCAGUUCUAGUGCCAUUCCAGAAACAUCAUCGACACCUAAUGAGGACGACGCAGGCGAGUACACAUCCCUCAAAGAGACAAGAGAACCCACAAAAACAUUUGUAAGCGAUGGGACGGAGCAGCCUCUGCUCAAGUCUUCCGACAGUGAGUGCUCCACCAGCGGUUCUGAGUCCACCAUCGCAGCCGUUUACGCCCAUGUCGCCCGCCUUUCCAAACACUCCAAAGAGGACGACGACAGCGCCUCGCCAGAGAAGACCAAAGAAAAGACCAAACCUCGUCCUCCAGACCCUUCCACCAAACCAAAGGUGUCCUGGAUCCACGGAACAUCUGGAAACAACCCACCAGAGACUCCUUCACCACAAAAAGAAAAGAAGAACAGCUCUGAAGGUUCUGGAAAGGGUGACGAGAAGCAGAGAUCGAAGGAGAGAUCCAGCAAGAACCGGGAAAAGCAUCAGGAUAAUAAAAAAGCAGACGAAUCCCCUAGCAAAAGCAUCUCUCACAAAGCUUCGGACACCAUUGAGCAUCUCAACGGAACAUUCCAGAACGCCCUGAAGAAGAUCGGAAACUUCCAUUCAGAUAAGAAAACUAAUGACGCCAAUAAAGAUCCACCCAAGAGCCCGAAAAUCAUGCACCCUCACAUGAACUCUGAGGCCGCCACGCUACUCGCGGCUCAGCUAAAAGAAAAAACCCAAAGCCUUAACCGAAAUGAGGGUCUCACAGUGGGCAUCAAACCCAACGGCAUCUCAACACCUCAAGCCAACCGAGAGAAACCCACGCCACCUCAAAAAACCAAACGCUCCGCAACCGGGACCAACAAGCCCCUUCUUCCCACUUCCAGCAACCUCCAGAAGAUGGUGGCUCCUAUUUCAGACUCUACUCCUGAAGCCAAAAGCCCAGAAAAACAAGGGCUCAAUGGGACCAGAGUUGAAGGAGAUGCCACACCCAGGAAAACACCCAUCAAAAAACCACCGAGGAAGAAAGGAAAGGAGGGAACGCCGGAGACGGAAGGCAAAACCACUCCAAAGACGGCCAUUAUGCCACCUCAGACUGUCAAAUAGAUCCAUGUUUGGUGCGCUCAUUUUUGAGAACGAUUACAAACGUACACUUUCUCUAUUCUUUUGUUUCAAACUAUAUAGGAAUUGGAUGGAUUUUUGGUUUCUUUUAUACGGAUGAGCUGCUUUUAGGAUUUAAUAUUUUGAAGGAUCGCGGUUCUUGCUAACUCUUUGAAGUCCUGGAAUCGGAAAAAACGUCAAGGCUUAAAAAAAGGAAGAGUAAAUGCAUUUAAUAAGCUCAUUUUUGUACGCUCUCAGUUUCACGUAUGCAUUACUCCACCAAAUUUCCCAACGCUUCUUUAUGCAUUGUUUGAUCAGCAGGUUUGUUUGUCUGAAAAGUUUGUAUUUAGCACGGUAUUCAGAGGUGUAAAGUAUGAAUCAAAGGUACUUUAAAGGUACAGGAGGAAUGAUGCAGAUAUUAAAUCUCAGGCCAUAUUCACAUGUAUAUUCAAUAUCUUUUAAUAGAUGUCAUGAAGGAAA